AUGGUGAGAGGGAAGAUCGAAAUUAAAAGAAUCGAGAACGUCACGAGCAGACAGGUCACGUUCUCGAAGCGUAGGAAAGGUCUCUUGAAGAAGGCUCACGAGCUUUCAGUUCUUUGCGAUGCUCAAGUCGCCGCCAUUGUCUUUUCUCAAAACGGAAGAUUAUAUGAUUUCGCUAGCUCCGACAUGCAGAAGAUGAUGGAAAGACAAUAUAGAGAGUAUUUUGGGGCAGAGAUACUCCAAAAACAGCAAUAUGUGCAGGAGCUCAAGAACGAAAUGGCGAUAAUGGUGGACAAGAUCGAACUUCUUCAACUUCAUUGCCGAAAGCUGAUGGGGCAAGAUUUGGAUUCGUGUUCGGUGGACGAACUAAAGGAGAUAACUAUCAAAAUUGAGAAAAGCCUUACUAUUGUCAGAUCAAGAAAGGCUAAGUUAAGUGAAGAUGAGAUAGAGAAAGAGACAGCACAGAUUGCAGGAGAGAGAGAGGUCUUGGACGAGAGAAGUAGGUUGCGCCAAAUGUUUGAAGAAAAGCCCUUGUGGAUGCAGUCGAGGAACCUUGAGAGUGACAAGAGUGCACCUUCCUGUGGUUGUGGAAACAUGAACGUGUCCGAUGUCGAAACUGAUUUGUCCAUCGGAUUGCCUGAAAGCCGAGUUCAAUGAUUUAUUCGUACUGCAAUCAACCGGUUCUUGUUUUCACAUUAUCCAAAUUAAUGUGUAUAUUUUGAAUUUUUUUAAGGAUGUUUGUAAUCCCUUCUCUCAUGCAUAAAUCAAGAAUAGUGUAGCGUAUAAGAAUUACCAUGUCUUUUUAUUUUUUUUGCCCCC